UUUCAAUUUUGGUUGAACUAUUAGUUCUCCUGCAUCAGCUACAUUCAUCUUACAGCAGAAGUGAAAAAGUUGUGACAACUAAAACAAGACAAUUGGCUUCCUUAAUUUGUAUAAAUGCGUGAUAUAUAUAGAGAGAGAGAGAGACUAGCUGAUGGUGCUGUUUAGUGGCCUGGGUUUUUUCUCCUACGUGUGCACUUGCACAUGCUUCUGUCUUCACUGAUUGUGUGGAAACAUCUUCAUUUAUAUCUAAUUUGUCGCUCUAUACACUGUCUUAAAUCUCAGCCUCUCUCAUUAAUAUACAAUUUUCUUUCAGGGUCCCUUAGAUUGAGUCAUUCAGGUGAGCGUUCUUGUAGUUCAAACAGUAGAUCACAGUGUUGGCAAUGCCAGUGUUAUAGGGUUCAUUCUCAGGGAAUGCAAAAACUGAAUGAAAACAUACUUUGAAUGAAAUGUACUGUAAGCCACUUUUUAGUGGCUUACAUGCAAAGUAAUUUUAUUUUAGUAUGUUUUAUUUAUAUAGCCCCUUUCUAGAGCAAACGUCACAAAGUGCUUUACAUCCAAAAAAUAAAAAGGGAACAAAAUAACAAAGUUUUAGAAUAAUUACAAUUGAAUUUGACAUUCAUGCCAUGUUGCUAAUAACAGAAACUUACACAAGAUGUAUUUAUUCAGGAUUUGAUUUUUAAUCCUGUUUAGAAAAAUGUCAGAUAAAAUAUGUGUAUGAUUAUUAGCUGUUGUAAGGGUAAUUAUUGACUCUUCUGAGGUAAAUGAGUAAUAAUGUUGUAGAUAUAGAGCUGUUGCUUAUAUGGGUGUAUAUGCCAAUAGUAAAAUCUGAUUGGUUGAACACAAAAGCCUCAGUUGCUUCUAAGUUACUAUGGUGAUAAACACUGCUAAAAGCUGAGCCACUUUCAUGGUGCCUAAAACCCAGGGUUGGCACAAACUAAACUGAAACAUACCUGCUAUCCACUUAAACUGGCUUCAUGGUAUAGGCCCCAACUCUCUUUGGAUCAAACCUGACCAAGUUUAAGUGUUGUCUGGGCUCAGAUUAGUGCAAUUCAGGAAGUGCGUUUUCGGGCAGUGACACACUUGACAAAUUCUCACCUCGCUGCACAUGAACCCGGUGUUAUUCAGCUGCAUCUUCAGUGAUCAGAUGAGACAUGAAGCUGUUUGAACUGUGUUUCUCUGCUGUGUGGAUGUUGUGCUGCUUUCUAGUGUAUGUUAAAGGUCAGUAAAUUCUCUGAAUGCUGCAGUAAGAAUGACGUCAUUUAUACACUUGUUUUUAUUUUUAUUAUCUGUACUAUUACUUUAUACAUUUGCCUUUAUUGCACUUCUUGUUAGCUUUUUUUAUUUUUUUUUUAUACUAUAUCCAACUCUUCUCCAUGUCCAAUCUUUUCACACAGGUCAUAAUGUGUGUCAACGGAAGUUAAUUUCAAGAGUCAAUUUAUUCACAGAACUACAGUCUGAAAUCCUGCUGCCUUGCCUGUUUGAAGCAGCUCUCUUUGGAUCAGACCUGACCAUGAGUGCUGUCUGGGAUCAGAUUAGUACAACAAUUAAUGGCAUUGUAGAGAUCCCAGUAAAUCAACAGGAAAGAUUCUGGAAUCACAGAGAUGGUAGAAUUCAAACAUUUCGUGAUCGCUCUGGCUCUGGAAACUUCUCCAUCCUGAUCAGUAAUGUGCAGCGCUCUGAUCUUGGCCUCUACCGCUGUGAACUGUUCAGAGAGAGUAACUGUUCUCUGGCCUAUAGAGAGAUCAAUCUCACUCUUGUUGAGAUUUCACUGCUCAAUAACUGGCAGCUCAUAGUUGCAGCAGGAGGAGGAGGAUUUCUGCUUCUCUGUCUGAUCACUGUGUGUGUUUACUACACAUGGACGAAACGACAAACAGUCGAUUCAACAAUUGAGCACGGAUCACACAAUUGCCAUGAUAGCUAUGGAGAAACAGGUGAUGAAAUAACCUAUGCAUCAGUUACGCAUAAGCCACACAACUGCCUUGACAGUAAAGGAGAAACAGUUAAUGAAAUAACCUAUGCAUCAGUUUCUCAUAAGCCACACAACUGCCAUGAGAGUAAAGUUCUUGUGAAUAACAAGCCCAUAAAUGACUCUGCAUCAGAACAUGUCAGCUCAGAGACCGUCCUUUACGCUUCUGUCAAGAAAAGAGACAAGUGAGCAGCAAAACAUCCAAAUGAAAGAGAAUUUUUUUUUAGAUAACCCCUAUUUUUAUUCAAAUCUGUAGGUUUUUCUUUGCAUCCUGAGUACUGUGAGAAGCUGACCAGUGAUGGCACCAAUCCACCAGAGCUUGUACAGUCUAACUUCUGAUCUGUUCUUAAGUGGGAAUUUAUGUAUUGUCAUGUUAAUGUUAACACAAAUACAUUUGUAUUGUGAUGGUUUUAAAAGUACUAGAGAUGCAAAUCAUAUUUUUAACUAUAUUUAACUAAUUUAAAUAACCAAAAUGUAAUAUGUAGAAGACCCUAGAAGUAACAUCAUUUGGACCUUUUCUACAGCACCAGGGAAACAAAAGUAAAUAAUAUUAUCCAUUUAAAAAAAAAAAAA